UCGCUUUCGCCCUUCAAAACUCUCUCCGCACAUCCCCUGUCUUCCUGAUAGCGAGGAUAGAGAGAGAGAGAAAGGAGUGAGGUUAGAAGGAACUGAGAGAGAGAAAAACAUAAGAGACAUAGAUUUUCUCUCGUAGUCAUACAACCCCCUGCCCAAUCCUAAACUUGAGAAACCUUUCAACUUCCCUCAGUCAUACGGAAUUCUGAGGCUCCAAUUCAUCUUCAAAGCUCGUUCCAGCUAUACGCUAUAGAAGACGCCAGGAUGGUUGCUCAGGGAUUCAUAGUGGAUUUAAACAAACCACUUGUCUUUCAGGUUGGUCAUCUCGAGGAAUCCUAUGAGGAAUGGGUCCACCAGCCUAUUGUCAGUAAGGAAGGCCCUCGUUUCUUUGAAAGUGACUUUUGGGAGUUCCUGACCCUCACUGUGUGGUGGGCAAUUCCAGUAAUAUGGCUUCCAGUUGUGUGCUGCUGCAUCUCCAUGUCUGUACGCAUGGGUCAUACUCUUCCUGAGAUAGUGCUAAUGGUGAUUUUUGGUGUUUUUCUGUGGACAUUGAUUGAAUAUACUUUACAUCGUUUCCUCUUCCACAUCAAAACAAAAAGCUAUUGGGGAAACACUAUCCAUUAUCUUAUUCAUGGCUGUCACCACAAGCACCCUAUGGAUGGCCUGCGUCUUGUUUUCCCUCCUGCUGCAACAGCUGUCCUAUGUUUUCCGUUCUGGAAUUUGGUCAAGGUUUUUGCUACACCGUCCACUACUCCCGCUCUUUUUGGAGGUGGCUUAUUGGGAUAUGUGAUGUAUGAUGUCACCCACUACUAUCUGCAUCAUGGACAACCUUCUAGUGAUGUCCCGAAGAAUUUGAAGUGUGCUUUUUUUUUGUUUGUUCCCAGAGGUACCAUUUGAAUCAUCACUUCCGCAUCCAGAACAAGGGCUUUGGCAUUACUUCAUCAAUCUGGGACAAGGUUUUCGGAACACUACCUCCUUCAAAAUCAACUCAAGAAUGUAGAUGAACAUUAAUUUGAAUCUACAUUGAUCGCCAAUACGACAUGAUCACGCGUAUCAUUCUUCAUCUUACUGGCCUUGGAUUUUAGUUUGUUCUAGGUUUAGCAUCUUCUGGACAGCUACGAAAAAGUUUUGAUGCGUCUGUAUAAACGAGUGAGGACUUAGCAGUCUUUAUUGUCAUUAUUUAUUUAUUGGAAAAGCAAUCAUGCUCUACAUUUGUAUCUCUCAAAUCCUUUGGCGGUGGAAGCUUGAGGUUAGGAUCACGUAGUUCGUGUUUUGGAUGCUGAAUAGCUGUACCUACAAGAAAAUGUAAAGCAAAUUAGCGAGUAGUUUAGAUGAAUAUAUGUUAAUAAUUGGAGAAACGGCUCCCUUGCCCUUUUUUGUUA